AUGAGCGAGUCCCCGGCCGGCACUCGCGCGCACAUGGCCGCGCUAUAACCACGCCGUGGCGCCCCGAAAUUCAGUUAGAUUCAAGCGGGCUGACGGAGCGUAUCUGCUUGACACAAUAAAAUCGUUUAGGAAAACUUUGAAACAACAUUUUUAAGAGAUAUAUUUUUGUAUACCGAGUGCGAACCGGAAACGACUUUUACCAAUUACAAUCGAUAUCGUCGGCCGUUUUUGAAUUCUUCUGUUUGCCGUACAUGUUAACGAACCACCGCCGUCGCCGCCGCCGCCGCCGCCGAGGGUUUUAAGUGUUCCCGAGCCCCCCCCAACGUAUAUGCGCGUUUAACUGCGACAAUCAAGUUCGGUUCUUCGGCUUUUCGUGUGCACUCUUGCUAAAUAAAAUAAUACUCUCGUCACUUUCGACCGGUUUUAAUCGCGGAAUAAAGAGAUAUGCCUGCGAGUUUGUUCCCGGACAUGGACCGGCCUAGCGGGAUCGGCGACGAAAGGGCCCUCCAGCUAGCGCUCGAGCUGUCCAUGCUGGGGUUCAGCGAGCCGCUGGCGUCGGUCGGGACGGAAACGGACGGCGGCGCCGACCUCGCGUCUUUCGUCAACCCGUUAACGAGCGUCGGUCUCGACGAGGUGCGGUCCAAGAAGUCCCAAAACAUGACCGAAUGCGUCCCGGUGCCCAGUUCCGAACACGUCGCCGAAAUCGUAGGCAGACAAGGUUGCAAAAUCAAAGCCCUUCGCGCGAAAACCAACACGUACAUCAAGACGCCCGUGCGCGGGGAAGAACCCGUCUUCGUCGUCACCGGACGUAAAGAGGACGUCGCCAAGGCGAAGCGCGAGAUCUUGUCCGCUGCCGAGCACUUCUCGCAAAUCAGGGCUUCCCGCAAGAACAACCUGGCCGGCCUGGGUUCGGGCGCGAGCACACCCCCGGGUCCUCCGGCCAACAUCCCCGGCCACGUGACCAUCCAAGUGAGGGUGCCGUAUCGCGUGGUAGGUCUGGUCGUCGGUCCCAAAGGUGCCACCAUCAAGCGUAUCCAGCACCAGACUCAUACGUACAUCGUGACGCCCAGCCGCGAUAAGGAGCCGGUAUUCGAAGUGACCGGCUUACCGGAGAGCGUAGAGUCGGCCAGAAGAGAGAUCGAAGCACAUAUCGCGAUGCGUACCGGAAACGGCACCUCCAUCAACGGUUUGCCGAGUCUUGGUGGUCUAGAUGAGACCGACCUGAUCGCGUCCCUCUGCAAAUCCGGUCUGAGCUCGAUUUUGAACUACAUGGAACCGUCCGCUGACGCGUUCCCUACGAUGACUUCGUCGACGGGAAGCAGCGGUGCCUUUUCCAGCUCCGGCUCGUGUUCCAGUAGUUCGUCGAGCACCGGUCGCGAUUUGGGCACCAUCUGGAGCGCAAACGAUCGCGACGAAGGGUUAGGUGACUCGCCGAGUUUCGAUUCGUCGACCGCCCUGUCGAGUAUCUGGUCGUAUCCGACCGUGUCGGUACCGUCGAGGCCGUCGCCGGCGAAUAGCACCAGUCCGGCGGAUUCGCUGCUGUCAUCGAGCACCAAGUGCCUGGUGUGCACGGACUCGAAGGUCACCCACGCGCUGGUGCCUUGCGGCCACAAUUUCUUCUGCGUGGAUUGUGCCAACAGGAUCUGCGAAGGCAGCGACGCCCAGUGUCCUGUGUGUUCCCUGCCCGCCAUCCAGGCCAUUCGCAUAUUCUCGCCAAACCCUUAAGUUGUUGUUAUCGACAGAUCUCGCUCGAAUCUCCCGACGUUUCCACCACAUUCCCUGGGCGAGCGCCCCGUGUUCAGCUACGGUACCGCUUCUUCCCUUUCGCCGACGUAACUAUAUAUUUAUAUAUAUAUAAUACAACGAAUGCUGACUAUGUUCGACUCUUUUAUUAUUAUUAUAAUUAUUAUUGUUGGGUAGAUUUUUUUUGCUGUUGAGUUGUUCCCGGAAGUCGAAGGCAAAGGGAAUGGGCUGGCCCGUCAGCGUAGUCAUCGUAUGCCAGUUUUUUUUUUCAUAUUUCCUUAUUGUAUUACCGUUUUUAUGUAGUGUUAGAGAUCAAUUCGGUUUUAUUUCGGUAUUGUGUUGUCGUGUUAUUGCCUCAAAUCGAUUGCUUUCGUAGUAAAUACCCCCUUAUAUAAAAGACAUGAAUUCGCGACUAGUAACGUAAAUUUAUAUGAUAUCGAUAUAUAAGUAUUUCGUUAUUUUUUUAAAUAUAUUUUUUUAAUUUUUCGCCAUGUGAACUUAUCACAUUAUUGAAGUCUGAAACAGCAAUUCUCAAAAUAUUAUUUAAGUAAUAAAAUAUUUAAAAAGUUAUAAAUAAUAGAGAGCGUAAAUAUAGCGAAAAAAAAUGAAAAAAUUAAAGGAUAUAAUAUAUUGAUAAUAUGGGAGUGAGAAUUUUUUAGCGUUGAUAGGCGAGAGAAAGUUUCCUUUGUGUCCGUUUCCGGUGCAUUUCGAGAAUAAUUGAAAAGGAUGCGCGCGCCGCUGCCCGGGGGGCCAUUCGGCUGUGAUCCCCGCGUUAAACUGCCAAUCGCCGAAGACGCGCGCCCGCGCCCUGCCCCCCUCGCACCACCCUAAUAACAAAAUACAUAUCCCUUAUUGUUAGUUGAUCACUCAUUGUUGCUAUUGUUCUGUUACGUGUGAUACAUAUAUAUUUCUAUAAUUAUUAUUCUUAUCGCGUACGAUAUGAGUUAUAUAAAUAAAUAAAUUAAUUAUUUAAACCGUGCGCGCAGGGUAGCGGGUUCGAUUCUUUCGGUGCCGUUUGAUGAUUUUCCCCUUCAAAAACAGUUAAAAAACGUUUUUCUUUAUCUUCGAAAAUCUCGUUUUGUUUCGCCCCUUCGUCCCGCGUAAUUCUUUCGUUUCCCGGUUCCCCAAAAUCGCAACACAAUAAAAACGUCAAGGCCCCCCCGCGGUGACGCGCGCCCGCGCGGCUUUCCCCCCGCGAAACCGCCCCCGGUCCUUCAGUAUUCACGCCGCGGUCGCAUUUUUUCUCUCAGCGCUGCGCGCGCAACCCCCCCGCAUCGCCCCACCUCACCGUAGACAAUUCGCCCGACCGAGCGGCGCAGAACGAUUAUUAUGCGCUUAUAUUAUUACUUAUUAAUAUAUGUAUUAUUAUCUAUUAUAUAUAUUUAAAUAUUAAGAAGCUAUAUUUUGUUUUUAUUUAUUUUUUUAUUGUAGAAUUGGGAAAUUAUCGUUAUUAGAUAAAUUAUAUAUAUUUUAUUAUUACCUAUAUUAAUAUUAUCCUUGCUUGCUGGGUCUGCGCCAUCGGUCGCGCAUGCGCGGGCACGCCCCUCCCCCCGCUUCCUCUUAGAUUGUUUAUACGUACAUUGUAUAUAAGUUGUUGUUUUAUUAGCUAUUAAAAACCAUAUUAUACUUAUUAUUAUUUUAUUUUUUUACAUAUUUUUGUGGAGAUAUUUAAAACUAUGGAUGUUAGUACAAGUUCAUGUUCACAGUGUGUACCGAGUGACUGUUUUCAAAUAUGUAGUUUAAUUAUUAGAUUUUUUUUGAUUAGUUAACGGGGGCGUUUUCGGGGACACGGCUACCGAAUCGAACCAGGAAAACUUGCCACCAAACUUCUUAUCCCACAAGCUUACCACAACCCGUCAAUUAAAAAUGGAAAUAACACGCAGACUUAUAUUCUCGCGCACGCGCAAUGCGCAUUACACCAGCCAUAGUCGCGCACUGGAAACGCCCCGUAUAUUUAUAUUGAUAUUUUUACUUAUAUUAACUAUUUUCGAAGUGAUUUUUUUUAUUGAUUUUUUUACUAUAGAUGUAUAAGCGUGUUUUCUAUUUAGAAAUUUAUGAAUUUAGAACGAUUUUUUUUACGUAGCGACUGACCUUACGCUUAGGAACGAAAUUUUUUUUGCUUACCCGGCCGCCGUCUACCGGGGGGUCGAUCGCACUCCCCGCGCGGUCAGCCUCGGCAAAUAAUUUUAAGACACUGAAUUUUUAUAAGUUUAAUUGCUACCAAAUAAAAUAAAUUUCGUGAUUUAUAUAUUUUUGGUUUUGUUUUUGUUUUUCUUUUCCGCGUUCCUUGAUUUUCGAUUCAGUUUCGUUACGUUACGCGCGGGACCUGACAUUACCCACGCGGGGUUCUACUAUACAGGGUGUCCCGAAUGGGACAAUACGAUUUUAGCGCAUCCCUGUCCUAAAGCAUCCGAGUUUUGCGAUUCUAACAAAUUUUAACGUCAUUAUUUUCACAACCAAAAAAGAGUUUAUCUAUUUAUGUAAAAAAUCGUUUUUUGGAGUCUCCAAGCGCAAAAGUUGGCGAUGGUUCUAGUUGAGGUUAUGUCAGAUCGCGCUAGAUGGCGUUCGUUUUGAUUUUGGCGCAUGAGAAUUUUUACGUAGCCGUUGUUUUCGGUGGUUUGAUGUUGUCCGUUCAUCAUCAUUAAUAAAAUGCAUGUUAGUGAGUACUGUAGAGUCUAGACCGUAGCUCUCGAUGCACAAUUUUUGUAAAAGAGAAAAACUAGAAAAAAAAGUGAAGUAAUAAAUCGCGUUUUAUAUUUUAAUAACAUAUAUGAAACUAUUUUAGUAUGCGUGAAUUUAGAUGUAGCGACUUUAAAUGACAUUUUGCAUUUCGAGGAAUAAAAAUUAAUAAUAAAUAAUAUAAUGCUCAAUACGGUUGGGAGGAGGGUAAGCGUAUUUCGGGACGAAGAAUGACGCCGGUCUCUUUAGGUAAAGAAAAAUAACAGUUGGAUUGGUUUAUAUGUGAAAUUUGUAUAUUUAUAUUAUGUAGGGUGUAGGUAAAGUGCAAUGUUAGGAAAAAAGCUUUCAACCCGGGCGUCGUUCUCUUGGGCAUGACUUUUGCAGGUGCUGUAGCAACCGAUAGUUUUAUUAAAAAAGUCUUCCCGCCCGAAACACCUUUUAUCUUUUAUAAUAUAUAUAUAAUCUCAUUUUAAAUAAUAUAUUACGUAAGGGUACAUGUUCUUGGUACGCAGGAGUGAGCCGAUUUUCAAGCACUCGCGCAUUUCCGCUACGAUACAGCCCACGAAACAAUAAAAUGGCCGCCGUUUCAAAAUCCGGUGACAGAAUACGUAACUUUCUCAGCGACCCCUUUGGUAAAUGUCACUGGUUCUCGAUGGGCGGGUCAUACAUAUAUAGCAUGUCCAAAGUAUGAAUAAAAAUGGCAAAAAUUUUAUCAUGGGUCGCUGCUAGAGCCUUUUAACUUGGAGAAAGCUACGUUGGACUUGCUAUGCUUUCGAGUAGCGCGUUUUUGUUUUGGCCGGACUUUUUUGACACUUAGCUAGAUGAAUUAUCGUAAUCGACAUCACUCUUUCUAUCGCCGAUAUGUUUCCUCGUAGGCAGCUUAACGCAUCGGCUAUACAAAACGACUGCGCCGCAGCAACACACACCACCAAAUUCCCAAAUCACACUGUAUAUUAGUAUAUUCAUAUACAGGCCUAACUACAAUAUUUAAGUAAUAAUAUCUAUAUUUCAUAUUUAAUAUAUUAUACACAUAAAAAGGAGUAAUUUUUCAGAUAGAAUAAGAAAUAUUAUAGAUGUUUUUUUUAGAAAAGAAAAGCUGUAUUUAUACCGAUAAGUUUUCGUACUUUUUGUAGCCUCCUGUAAAAGACGUCAAGCUUAGGGUCGCAGGUUCAUCACCCCUACGCGAUUUCAUAGGGUUGUCGAGCAUAUUUGUAUACGCCUACUGUUACUCUGACACCACUACUACGCAUUCGUCUGCCGAAUUAAUUCUCAUGAAAAUAAGGACAAUCCGCAAUUUUAUAGGGCUUGAUAAAAAUGUAUAUUUUGGACCCCUUGUGGACACCAUCGUUUAGAACGCAGGUACUUUUUCAUCUGACCUGAUGGAAGAUGUGAUUAAUACUAAGCCGUAUUCAGCAUAACCUACAUUAGAAAAGUUGAGCUUGAAAAGUAAUGUAUUGUUAUAAUUUCAAUUUUUUGCUUUUAACAAAAAAGAAUGCCGUGAAUCCUCUUGGUUAGUUUCGAGCUCUUUGUUACUCUGAAGGGGAUACGCUUUGGUUUUGACCUUGACCUUGGCAAUUUUCAUGAGAAAUAAAUGCCGUACAUAUAGGGUCGUUCUUUUGAUAGAUACUAACAACAAUGCAGCCCCAUGAUAUCAAAAUUUUGUCUUCUAAUUGUAACUUAAAGCAAUAACGUAACGAAAUAACUAGUGACGUAAAAGGUUUAUCUAUUUAUCUACAUUUUAAAGCUAAUUACUAUAUUUAUAUAAGGGUAGAGUAGAGCAUAUUUUACUGACGUAGAGAAACAACUUACGACCCUAGCAGUCACCCGCUCAGCAUUUAUAUUUAAAUACUAUGAAAAUUAUUAAACUAUAAUAUACUAAAAUAUAUUUAGCAGCAAGAAAAUGUUAAAAAGAGUAUUUCUAUAUUAUUGAUGUGUGCGAGAUUGGAUGUAAUCUAUAUUAAUGUUGGGUUUUGCCGUUAAGGAGAUGUAUUUAAUAGAAGAAGAAUUGCGGUCUUUGUAACUGUCUGUCUUGCUUCCACCUACCAACCGAUUUGGCGUACCGUACUGCAAAAAUUGAAAUACCGUAAAAAAAACGAUAUUGACGAACACGUUAUUCAAGAAAGCUUCCCCUGCUAAAGAAUAUAAUUAUUUUUACUAAACGGAAAACAUAGCACAAUAAUGUCACCAUAUCAAAGCUUUACUGUGAUUCGUAAGACUGACUUAAUGUUGUUUUUGGACUAGAAAAUUAAGUCUGUACAUCUAAACAUGAAUUUAAGAAUUUUUUCUGUGUCGUGCAGGGUAUUAUUCGCCCGAUACGUUUUUUUUGUUUUUAAACGGAAACGUGGGAGCACCGACAGUUAUGAAGCAAACCGACAGAACUACCUAAGCGUAUCGUGUGAGUGUUUUUCCAAUUAAAAAAAAAAUAAUAGAAAAUAUUUAGAUACGUUUCUAUCACAACUUAUUAAGUAUACUAUUGAACUAUAUUAACUGCUGUAAGAAUUUUGUAUUUGGUAUUCGACAGGAACUCCAUUUUGCUUUCGCCACACCUGAGCUCGUUGAGGUGAAAUGUGUUCCGUGAAGACGGUAACAUGUCACCUCAACAACGCAUAGUACUUGCACAUGAUCACAACAAUAUAUUGGGGAACAUACAAAAAAUAUUUAAAAAUUAAACAUCGAUUAAAAGUGGAUUCUAAAAUGUAAUGAAAGAAAAACAUAUUUAUAUAUAUCGCAAAUCUGGUGCCAAAGACAAAAGUUACUAAACUAUACGUUACACACUCGUGAAUUUAUUUAUUUAAAAAGCAAUAAUAUAACCGAACAACAUCAAUAUCCGCGUUAAGGUUUCCUAUAUACAAUGUUCAAGGUUAAGAGUAUUUUAUAAGGAAGACAAAUAUUUUGGUGACCAAUGAUAUAACUCUUUUUCAUCCUCUUCGAGAUCGUACACCACUGUUCGCUUCUUUCCUUUGGCUUGUAUUCGGAUUUUGUUACGAUGUCAAAAACAAAAGAAAAUUAACAGGCACACGCAAUUUUGCGGAGCGCUUUCCAAUUUUGACGCCACCGACACCGACAUAACCUAAAAGUCUUUACGUGGGCCGCUCCGUCGCGUCGCGCGUGUAUCGGCGACAGUUUAGAGGUUAGAAGUUCGUUUGUUUUUGGCGUUAUACUUAUCUCUAACCGCUGCGUGUUUUCAUUUUCCUAUAUUAGGCUAGCGAUCUACUUUUUGUGCAAUAUAAUAUGUGUACUCCGUAUAUUGUCAUUUGCAUGCUUGACGCCGUUUAAUUGGAAUUUUCAUGGUAGUGUCUAUUUUAUCCCGAUUUGGGCGGGACUCGCUGUCAAGUAUUUCGACGUGGUUCAUUAUAGUCGACAUCAGAACCAAACAUCUAGGUUCGAAGCGGAUAGUUGACGCCGAAUCCCGUCCGAAUUAUUUAGUGUCCAAAAUCUAUUCUAUCUACGUUGAGUGUCCGAUGUGGAACAUAAACCGAUUUCUGUUUUUUCGUUUCGAUUGGUUUGUCAUUGAAACUUCAAAAAAUCAUAUAUUUUCCCAAAAACGGUGUUUGGUUUGUUAGUGCGUCAUGAUAAUCUAUUGAGAAAAAGAAAU